AUAAACCAACCCAGCCUUAGCUUAUUCAUGGAGAGUUUCAACAACGCAAUGCAAGAGCCCAGCUUGGUCUGCAUUGCAUCUGAUCGUGAGGGAGAGGCGAAAGGUGAAGCUACGAAGAGCUGUAGAGGAAGAAAGGUGGGCAGCAAAACCGGUGCGUCUCAGAAGAAGAAGCCUCAGAGAGGCAUGGGAGUGGCUCAGCUUGAACGUUUGAGGAUGCAAGAAAUUACGUGGAGGAAAAUGGGUGAAAUGCCCCCUUUGGAGGCUCAUCAUCUUCACCACCACCAACACUAUUACUCUCCUCACCUUGCUUUAAUGAAGCCGAUUCCCAGUAUUCCCGUGUUGCACGGAGCAACAAGCUAUGCUGCGUCCGUUCUCGGUGGAGUUGGAGGUGGGUCGUUGUUGGGUUUGGACCAGACUGCUUUGAUGAUCCAAAGCACUGGAAAUGAUGGUGGAUCAGGUCAUCAUAACCCGGAUGUGACACCUAGUCUGGGUUUUGUUGAGACCUCAAACGAGCACUCUUCAAUACAAAAGAUUCAGCCUCAGUGGGCUCUCGCCUCUGAACGCUGUGAUAUUUGCUCAAAGAAGAAGCGCUUCCAUGGGCAGAACACAGGAUUCAAUGGCAUCAACACCGCAGAUAUUCAUGGCUUGAAUCAACAAAACAACAUAAACUUCAAUGAAGGGUUAAGUGAUUUUGGUGCAAGAGCAGCAAGAAGUGCUUUUUAUGCAAGUCACGAUCUUAAUCAUCAUCAGGGUGUAGAAGUGAAGACAAUACACAGAAAUGGUAACUCAAGGGGUGGAAAUGUGUUAAUGGAGUAUGAUUUUUUUCCGGGAAAAGAUGGGAAAAGCACUUCUUCCAACGAGAUGGAAUUUAUGCCAACAGAAGCUUCAGUUGCAGUGGUGGGUGAUGAAGCUUCUUUUCUUACUUCUACUGUUUAUGGUGUUAAUGAAUCUUCUAAUUCUGUUGAUUUGUCCCUCAAGCUUUCAUAUUAG